UUCUUGCAUUUUUUAACACUGAAUUGAAAAAAAUAAGUAAUUCGAUCUGAACCAUAGAGAGGAUCCCAAUUGUGUGGGACCCGUAGCAUUUGCUACUUUUGCUACGUGGUUAAUCCUGCCCAAAUAGAGUAUUGUAAUAAAAUGCAUGUUAUGUUACUACUUUAACAUUAAUUUUCAGACAACUUAUCACUAUACCAGAAAAAAACAUGGCAAAAGACAAUAAAAGCUCUGUAGAAGAAACCCUUUCCACUGAUAAUUCUACACAUUUUAUUGGAGUGCAUGCUGGGCUUAUGUACACAGCUAUCGACAAUUUAUUGGAUUUAAAAAUUAGCAACAAUGAGCAAAUGAACAAUAAUGAAGUCAUAAUGCAAAAUGCAGAUAAAGAUGCUAUAUCAAUCACUAAUGACACUGAACAUAAUAACAAUGAUAUUCAUUCGGAAAAUUAUAAAAGACAUUAUUUUAGUAAUAAUACAGACCACUCACAAUGCUGUGAGCCCAAAACACUAAAUAAUAUAAUACUUAAUGUAUUUAAUAUUAUUCCAGAAAUAUCUCCAAUUGACAAUUCAAUAUAUUCAAAAGACCAACAUAAAAAUAAAGAAACAGAGAUAUUAGACUUAGAUAAUCUAAAAAGUAUUGAUAAACUUGAAGAUACGUCAACACACCAAGCUAAUAUGAAUGAUAUUGAAGACAUAAUUGAUUUUGUUGAAGACUAUAAUAACCAAAAUAAUAAACAUGAAUGUAUCAAAAAGGAAACAGAAAAUCCUACCGGUAUUGAAGAAUUGUAUGAGAUUGAAGGCAAAUUUAAGUGUAAUAAGUCUCCUUAUGUUGACUAUACUGAUGAUGUAAUAUCUGUAAUUUCUGUUUCUGAUGAAGAUGAAAAAUGUGAAUUGAAUGAUUUUUUUAUUGAUUCUAAAGAAACAAAUGAUAAAUAUGACUCUGUUACAUAUAAUAAAAUAGAAAUAAAUAUUGAUUUAAAUGAAAUACAAACAAGGGCUGAGAAAUAUGAAAACUCUGAGGAAACUUCGAAAGACUCUAACAAAGGAUUUCCAUAUCCAAUUGAUGAGAACUCUUGCUGUAGCUAUAAUUCAUCCGAUUUCGAGUUUAUAACUGAGGAUGAGGCAUACACUCAAUCAAAAUAUGAUUCAUUAAAUAACAUAAAUCCUGAUGGAACAUUCAAAACUAUAACAAUAACACAAGAUUCUGGUUUUGAUGAUACUAACAUCACUCCACGCGAUUCUUCCCGUCCUAAUUACAGUUCUCGAUUUGGCAAUGAUGCAAACAGUUAUGAUGAAUAUAAUUUCAGUAUAAAAAAUGUUGCACAUAGGCAGUAUAGGCAAAACCAUGUGAUGCCUGAAGGUGAUGGCUAUUUAAAUCUUUUUCAAGGUCAUUUUUCACCAAACACGCCUUAUAUGUUUGAGAAUAAAAGUACAAUGCCUUUAUUUAUGCAAUAUGAAGGGAUUGGUUUCGAUAUGAGACUUGCUCGAUAUAAUAUUGAGGAUGAAUGUAAGUUAAACUAAUAAU